AUGGGCCAACGCCUAAAUGACAUAAUGAGGGACUGCCCAGCUAUAACCGUGGAAAACACCCAAUUCCUUCUCAACCAACACAACGCCCUCCCUCGCCUAGCCGACUCUUUUGCGCCUCGCAAGGAGAACUGCUCAAAUAUUCACCAGCCGCUGACGCUGUACCCUGGAAGCGUCGGAGGACUACCCGUGAACAUGGACCCCAUGAAAGUAGGACUGAAGGACUACCUCGUCGUUGGUAGCCUUACCGGCUUCGUGAGGAUGGCUUGGAUGCAUUUCGCCGCUUGGAAGCAAGAGGAUCUAACAUAUUGGGAAUCGUAUGCUACGUGGGCCGUUUCCAGCGCUUUCGUUAUCCUCGUGUACGCUAUCGGAAUGUGGACCUAGAGAUCAAGGCUAGGAACGCGGCGAGAGUAGUGCUGGAUUUGCACGGGAUUGCUGCGGCUAUGUUUUCAUACGGACCGCACUGGGAGCGGAGCUGUUCACUGAAGACAACCGCCCCCACACAAGGAGACAUAGUUCUACGACUAGGUCCGCGGCAAACCGGCACGGAAUGGGUAUAAUCCUCCAACUCGUUCAGUUCAAACGUAUUCGAUAAUGGCCGCUCGAGCCGAUGGGUGUUCACGCAAAUGGCAAGCGAUUUCGAACCAACACAAUGCCACCGCUCUUCAUGUCAUUAUCAACGU